AAAGCAAAACUCUAUCUCCUUGUGGGAACCACGCACAAAUGUAAGGGUAACUUCGAGCAAGCGAAGAACUAUCAUACGCAUGCACUGGACAUUCAUCUGAAACAGCUUGGACCUGAGCAUGUAUAUGUCGCAGCUUCUUACAAUAACCUGGAUACUGUAUACAGUGACCUAGGUGAUUUUCAGAAAGCAAAAGAAAACCAUGCACGUGCACUAGACAUUUACCUGAAACAGCUCGGACCUGAACAUGUAGAUGUGGCAGCCUCUUACAAUAACCUGGGUAUUGUAUAUAGUGAUCUAGGUGAUUUCCAGAAAGCAAAGGACUACCAUGCACGUGCACUGGACAUUCGUCUUAAACAGCUUGGACCUGAGCAAACUCAUGUCGCAGCUUCUUACAAUAACCUGGGUACUAUAUACAGUAAUCUCCGUGAUUUCCACCGAGCGAAGGACUACCAUGUACGUGCACUGGAAAUUCGUCUAAAACAGCUCGGACCUGAGCAUGUAGAUGUCGCAGAUUCUUACAAUAACCUGGGUACUGUAUACAGUCAUCUAAGUAAUUUCCAGCGAGCAAAGGACAACCAUACACGUGCACUAGACAUUUAUCUGAAACAGCUCGGACCUGUGCAUGUAGAUGUCGCAGCCUCGUACAAUAACCUGGGUACUGUAUAUAGCGAUCUAAGUGAUUUCCAGAAAGCAAAGGACUACCAUGCACGUGCACUGGACAUUCGUCUGAGACAUAUCGGACCCUGGCAUAUGGAUGUCGCAACUUCUUACAAUAACCUGGGUAAUGUAUACAGUGGUUUAGGUGAUUUCCUCCAAGCAAAGGACUGCCUUGCACGUACACUAGACAUUCGUCUGAAACAGCUCGGACCUAAGCAUGUAGCUGUCGCAAAUUCAUACAAUAAUCUGGGUACUGUAUACAGAAAUCUAGGUGAUUUCCAGCAAGCAAAGGACUACUAUGUACGUGGAUUGCACAUUAAUCUGAAAGAGCUCAGACCUAAGCAUGUAGAUUUUGCAACUUCUUGCAAAAGCCUGGGUACUAUACAGUGAUCUAGGUGAUUUCCAGCAAGCAAAGUACUACCUUGCACGUGCAUUGGACAUUCGUCUGAAACAGCUCGGACCUGAGCAUGUAGAUGUGGCAGCCUCUUACAAUGACCUGGGUACUGUAUACAGUGAUCUAGGUGAUUUCCGGAGAGCAAAGGAUAACCAUGCACGUGCACUAGAAAUUUAUCCCAAACAGCUCGGACCUGAGCAUGUAGAUGUGGCAGCCUCUUACAAUAACCUGGGUACUGUAUUCAGCCAUCUUGGUGAUUUUCAGAAAGCAAAGGAGUACCACGCACGUGCACUGGACAUUCGUGUGAAACAGCUCGGACCUAAGCAUAUAGAUGUCGCAGCUUCUUACAAUAACCUGGGUACUGUGUACAGAAAUCUAAGUGAUCUUCAGAAAGUAAAG